AGCUUCCUCAAGAUUUGGGCAUAAUGAAGCUAUUUUAUACCUUUUAUAUCCUCUCUCUCUCUCUCUCUCUCUCUCUCUCUCUCUUUUCUUUCUUUCUUAAAGAUGGUGACUUUCCUUUAUAUAUGUGCAUGUAUCUUUAUCCUAUCUCUCUCUCUCUCUCUCUUCGAUUAAUAAUAAUAUUUUCUUUAUUGAAUAUAAACUUGUGCAUAAUGAAAACAACCUUUUCUUUUUCUUUCAGAUGAACGAGACUGCUGUCAACGUAAAAGAAAGCCAAUCAUAUGAUUGCAUCUUGAUAGACUCAUUUUACAUAA